CCACACGGCAGUCGGCAGCCCUAAGACACGGACGCAGGCUCUGCUCUCGCCACCGCCUCGCCUCGCCUCUCGAUUCGCUCGUUUUCGUGUGGAAUUCGUAUGCUUUCCUUCGUGUUCUGUGAUUGCGAGAGGCCCCUUAGACAGUGCGGUGCCUGUUUGUGCUUGGUGACAGUCGCGGAGUGCCUGUGAUUGCUUGCUGGAGCUGCUGAUGCCGAGAUUGCAAGGAUAUCCAGGCAGGCGAUUAAGAUAGCAACAUAUAGUACGUGGAGGAGUUAUAAGACGCUGAAGAUGUUAUCUCGCGUACACUCACGCAUUUCAGCAACCGUCAUCCUCGUGCUUCUUGUGACAGCCUGCGGAUCGGAGCAGUCUGAGAGAAGCCGACGAAGCCCAAAGACCUCGCUAUCAAAUAAGUUUAUUGGCGUGACCAGCAAGUGCUCCCGCGGUACCCUAACGGUGGACGUGAGAACGCAAGAUCCCUUCUUUGGGUCUGUGUACGCCCGCGGUUACCCAGGGCGUUGCAAGGUGUCGGGUGAGGGCGGCUCCACCACGUCGCUGAUCGUCUCCGCCCAAAAGUGUGGCGUCAAGGUCAUUGAAGAUGAGCUCGGCGACCACACGUACGAGCUGCUCGUGUACAUCCAGUUCGACAAGUGGGUACAACAGGUCAUUGACGAGCAGGUCCACGUACGAUGCAGGCUGGAACGAGAGGCAGGGGAGCUGAAGGCCGUGGCGCAGAUGAACGUCGUCAGCCAAGACCCCAAAGUAGACACGGGCGAAGACGACAAAAGCAACGACUCCGAAACAGCCGUCAGCAGCAGAGGCAACAGCAGAAGCAACGGCAGGAGCAACAGCAGGAGCAGCAGCGGCAGUGGCGAGAGAUCCAAGCUCCCUCAACUCGUGACGCUAAGGAACAAAGUGUCCUCGAGGAGCAGAGCGCAGGACGGGCCAGCGGUGGAGUGGGAGCCGCUGCCUCUCCCCGCCGAGCUUCUGCAGUGGCAGAAGAACCGCCCCGAAGGAAACUCGGAACCGAUUUCCUGCUGGAUGGACAUCGUCAGGGGAGACUCGCUCAAUGGAAAACCAGUCAUGGACCACUUACUCGUAGGCGACGACACCACCAUGGUAUUAAAGAUCCGCCAGAGCAAGGGCCUCGACACCCGAAUCACGUCGUGUGUAGCGCAUGACGGGUCGGGCGAACAGUCACAGGAUCUCAUCGACGAACACGGGUGUGCGGUGGACGACGCCAUUAUGCCGCCGCUGAGGAUCAAAAGCAACCCUAAGACAGGGGUCAAGGUUGCACACUCAACGUUCAAAGCCUUCAAAUUCCCCGAUCGUGACAACCUGCAUCUCCGUUGCACCGUGCUUGUGUGCCUCGGUUCUUGCAACCUGCCAGUGUGCGGCCGGACCUCGAACCGCGUGGGGCGUCGCAUGAGUGGGACGGGGCAAGGGUCCAUACAGCCGGUGGAGGACCUGCAGGAACUCUUCUCGGAUAUCCCGCAGCGUGAACGAGGCAACGACCGCGCUCUGUCCGGCCGCGUGCUCGACAAAGUGGAGGUGUUCAACGCCGUGGAGGUCAGAGCCCCGGGCAUCGAGAGCCAGCCGGACCUCGUGAAGCAGUACCGCAUCGACCGGGAGAAGGUGGAGGCCAUUGACUUCUUCAGCGAGGAGAACAUGUUUUGCGUGACGCCCUACAAGAUGGUCCUCGCCUUCGGGGUCCUGCUGGCGAUCAUGCUGCUGGCGCUCCUGUUCGCCCUCUACUCCUGCGUCAAGGCCAGGAUGCUCAAGGCUCCCAUAAGGGCGCCGCCUCCGAUCGAGUCCCAUAGACACUCGCCCGUAGCUUCUCCUUAUUACAGAUUCGCGCACUGAGGGUUGUAGAUAGUGUGGCAGUAUGGAGGUUUAUUUAUUUUUGAUUAUUGUUAUUACUAUUGCCAUUAAUCUAUUAUUAUCAUUAUAACCGUCAUUAUUAUUAUGAAAUAUGAGAAAUCACUUAAUCUAUUUUCGUUUUUUGUGACUGACAUUGCCCUUUGAAAGAGUAAAUGUCUUCCAAAUACUAUUGUUUUCAUAAUAUAUACGAAAGCUAUAUGUACAUACGAACUCAUGAGUCCCCAUGAGCAAAGGCUCUUCUGUUGAGCCAGCAAGGAUUUUUAUGCACUGUUGUCCAAGACGAUGGUAAAUUUUGUAUUUUUUAUAUCCUCUUCAAGGAAGUGUCUGUUGACAUACAUAUCACUUAUUUAUGUAGUUAUUAGAAAAUCUGUAGUUUUAGUGUUGGCUGUAUCAUAAUGAGAAUACUGUUACUCUGACGGGCAUUAAUAUUCCAAUGAGUAUAGCGGUUAAUUCAAACGAUUAAUACUCAUUUUGUCAAUAGAAAGACUAAGGAAAGGUAAAGGCGUUGAAGUGUUGCAGAACAUUGCAAAACAAAAGAAAAAAUGUUGCUUGUGCUAUUUAAUGUUUUGUAAUUCACACAUUUUCCUCUAUAAGUGAUUAAAUGUGUUUCUUCAUAAGCUAAUUGAAACUAAUGUAAGGAGCAUAUAUUUUUUUUUCUCUCACUCUAUAUAUCUCUCUGUCUCUCUCUCUAUCAAUCUAUCCAUCCAUCUUUCUUUAUCUAUCUUUCUAUCUAUUUCUCUUACUGCCGCUUUUGCUUGCAUAUGAAUUAUUGCCGCAAGUAAGGUCAAAGGUCACACAUCUUGUGAGGAUUCAACGUCUGCAACCUUUUAAAAAUACCAUUUAGCUUUCGCUCAUUCCAAAGAAUUAAUGUAAAAAAAAUAAUAAUAAUAACCUUACGGAUAUGAUUUCGCUAUCAGUUAUUACAGAGUUUCUUUGAAUUUUAUUUAUUUAUUUAUUGGAUAAUAUUUUUGUUUAUGUUAUAACUGAUUAGACUUUAGAAUAUAUCAAUCUGGAAUGCUGAUUAUUCCUAAUUGUAAUUAUUAUUUCUAAAGUCUUGUAUUCUGAGAUUUCGGAACCAGAAACUCCCCUAAAACAGAAUCCAGAAUACCAUCAUCCACAUGCAUUUAGGAUUUCCUUGUCAUACUCGCUUUUGGUACCAUAUUUUAUAACGAAAAAACAUGUGUAUUUAUUUAUGUAUGUAUUUACUGUAUGAUUCUAAGGCAACAAGCUACCGGAGAGAAGGAGAAAUCGUCCAAACGUUGGUGGUGGUUGCUGUAGAAUUUCAAUAGAUGUGUAUAAUGUAGUACGGACACACACACAUGGCUACUACAGACGGGGCAUUCAUCACUGGCUUUGAUAUGCAGUCUUAUCAAGAAGGUGGGGAUUUUUUCCGCUCUCUUGAAACAAUCACAGAGAGAGAGUGAGUGAGAGUAAGAGAGAGAGACUUUGGGGGAAUUGUAUUAAUCUUUAAGAGAGUUUUGUCAAUUUUUCCUUUGAAUAUGCUUUAACUCUUCUGUAGUAGCCUUGUUGUACAAAAAAACUUGGUCUUCCUUCGUCCCAUAUCCGUCGCUGCGCAUCUUUCACAAUAGUGAUGAUAUACUGCAGUGUAUAAACCCGCCUGUAAAACACACAACACUCAGUAUUCGUCACAUACUUUGGCUGCAACGGCCUCAUUUCCCAUCAAACAAACGAGGCUCCAAAACACGUCUGAAACAUGUUAAUGUAAAAAGUGUUUAAACUGCUCAGCGAAGAGCACAGUGUCCAGAGGGGGCUGAGGGAACAUCAAGACGCACAAAGGGUAUAGACGAGAAUCUCCAUCUCUUCGGUAAAAGAAAAAGAUUAAUGAGUGAAUUAACUGCUUAGAUAGAAAAAAUAGUUAGAUAAGAAAUAUAUGAAUAAUUGAACGAAUAAAUAGAAUGCUUGAAGGAGUCCACAUUAUUGUCUGAUAAUACGCUGAUUCUGUGUUUAUAUCAUAAUUUUGUUAUGAUCAAGUUGAUAAUCAUGUUGAUAUUUUUAGCCUAUGUUGUGCUUGAUAGUUCGCUUGGUAUCAUGCUGAUUAUAUUUUUUAUUAAAGGAAAUUCAAGUUUGGAGAAAAACUAUGGUCUAGAUGAUACUUAUGAAGCCACCGAUUAUGAUUCUAAAUCUGUUUCGUUUCAUGUAUGAUAAUUAAUACUAUUAUACUGAAUUAUUCAAUAUAUUCUGAUUUCCGUGUAGUCACUGUCAUUUCAUAAUUCAUAAUCAUUCAUAUUGUAUGUUUCAUAUCAUUUCAUAGUUUAUAUUGUAUUUUUACUUUUUUCACUGUUUGACAGGUUGAAAAUAUGCACGACCUUUAUUGUGAAAUGUGUAUGUCGUAUGUAUUUUGUAAAACAGUAUUUCAAUAAAAGUGCUUCCCA